GAGAGAGAGAGAGACAGAGAGAGAGAGAGAGAGAGAGAGAGAGAGAGAGAGAGAGAGAGAGACAGACAGACAGAAAGAGAGAGACAGAUAGAGAGAGACAGAGAGACAGAGGCAGCAGCAGCAGACAGUCUGACAGCAUCAGCGGACAGAGAGUGAAUUUGUCCCCUCCUCAGUUGGCCAUCCAAGGCAUCUACUCCCCAUCACCACCACCACAACCAGCACCACCAACAACACCACCACCACCAACACCACCACCACCACAAAGCCGGUUCCGACCUCCAGCAGAACCCAGUGGUUUCUUCCCACCAAGAUCUCUGAGCGGGUGCUGAGCGGAAGUGUGUGUGAAGAUGCGGGUCGGGCCCGGCCCACUAGCGGUGCUGGCCUUAGUGUUCUGGACUCAGUGUGUCCUCCUAGACGGGGUCGAGGCCAAGAAGGAGAGGAAGAGACCCAAGGAGGCCCCGCCACAACACACAGAGAACUCCAACACCACGCUGUCCAACAGUGAGGAGGUCGGAGGGACCAUCAAGGUAGGACCCCAAAAUGUUUCUGACAACCAGCGUGUUGACCCACUGGGAUCAUGGAUGGACUUUGUGAAACGACCUGUAGGCAACUUCAGAAAAUGCCCCAAACGGAGACGGCCCCUGCCCGGACCCCCCGGCCCGCCUGGACCACCAGGACCUCAGGGACCCCCUGGCUCUCCGGGGGCAGAGGUCACCCAGGAGGUGCUCCUCCAGGAGUUCAAGGAGAUGAUCAAAGAGGCCACGGAGCGCAGAGCGUCGGCGCUGGAGCGACAGAGCAGCAGCCCCAGCCUGCCGCCUCCGGCGCUGCUCGCUCUAGAAGGGAUGAGCUCGUACCGCCGGAUAGAGGAGGCCUUCCACUGCAAGCUGAAAGGCCCCGUGGUGAUAGACAAGAAGACCCUGGUGGAGCUGCAGAACUUCCAGACGCCUCCGGCGAAAGGAGCGUUUCUGAGAGGGUCGGGCAUGGACCAGUCUACUGGCAGAUUCACCGCACCCAUCACCGGGAUAUACCAGUUCUCUGCCAAUGUUCAUAUUGACCACAACGAGGUGAAGAGGAGCAAGAGCCAGCUGAAGGCCAGAGAUAACGUGCGUGUUCUGAUCUGCAUUGAGUCUCUCUGCCACCGAUACACGUCACUGGAGAUGAUUGUUGGCUUGGAAAGUAACAGCAAGAUAUUCACUGUCAGCGUGCAAGGUCUGCUGGAGCUACAGGUUGGACAGUACACAUCCAUAUUUGUGGAUAACGCUGCUGGGGCCUCCAUCACCAUACAGAGUGGCUCUGAUUACAUGGGCAUGCUGCUCGGUGUAUAGACGGUCCACCAACACCAGCACCAUCCAUCCACCCACCCACACAUCCCCAAGGACAGCCACUUAGAACUGCCCAUAAGGAGACACCUGUACCUUGUGGGGCAUCAAGGAUUAUUCAACUUGGAUUUGCCGCUGGACUUUUUGCAGAUGUCGAAAAGACAGUAUAACAAACUUUCAUGGGCUGGAUUUGUAUCUUUACACAAUAAGCUGUCCCCCAUCCCAUCCAGGAUUAGGUUGGCCUCAUUGCACCCUAAUACAACAAUAGUUUCUUUUAAUCACAAUAGAGUUCGGUGGAACAGUGAACCAUUCAAACAGUCACGCGAGGCCCUUCUUAGCGGCAUAGCAAAUGUGUUGGUCAGAAUAUGAUAAGGAAGGGGGACAGCAGCAUCAGAUAGAGAAAUAUAUGUUUUAUAAUAUAAUGUAUAACAUAAAGAUGUGUUUGGGUUUUGUCUUUGUGAUCCGUUUUCAUUCAAAAUUUAGUAUUUUCGUAUGUUUAAACAUUUGUCUACAUUAUUUGUGUUGUAAAGACUCUUUGAGUACACUGGACCGGUAUAUAGACCCAGGAUCUAAGAGAAGUUGGAUAUCCGAUGUAAUUACACUUUUUAUACUAUAUUGUUAUUUCAAAGAAUUCUAGACACAGAUAAACAUUUGGAGAAGACAGAGAAUGUUUAAAGUUCUUCUUUUGUUGUGUUUUGUGUAUUUUUUGAGAAUCUUAGGAAUUCACCAGACAAGCAUUUUAUUGAACAUGGUUUUCACGUCUGAGGUAUGUCCAACGCCAUUGUGGGAGUUUCCACUUGAAUAUGAAUCACACUUAACAUUCCUGGAUUACAACAAACAAUUUUUCUUUUCAUUUCAUUCUGAAUUAACUGCAUCAUUUACCGUGAUUAGAGAUUACAUCAUUAAAUAAAUCUAGCGAUCUGUGAUUCACUUAUAAUUCACCAUAGAUAUGUGUAAUAUUGUUCAUCUUGUAUCUAUAUUUUUCGGUAAAAUGUAUUAAUUUACCUGGGGGGGGUGAAAAGCCUUUUCGCCUGGAUAUGUAAAAUUCUUCCAAGUCUUUUUCCACUUCAAUAUUAGCUGGUGUUACUUCUCUUUAUGAUAAUUUGAUUGUAAAUUACUCAGAAUUUCUUGAGGAAACACUGAGCUUUAAAAUAUGACCACCUUCUCUUGUGGUUUGAAUUAUAAAUCUCUGCCAUUUCAUUUCCAUAAACAUAUUUCCCGGAAACCGCAGCUCAUAUAACGAGUGCAACCUGGUCUCACAGGAAUCCGUGAAAUGACUACGGACGAAUAACUCGAAAUCCGUGGACACAUCACGGAAACACGCCGAUUUCCGUGAUGUGGCCCCGGAAUUUGCUCCAAUGCAAGUUAAUGACGCUGAUGUUCCGUGGCUCACACACAGAUCCCCGUUUCAACGAGCGAGUCGACCACGGGGUCUUAACUCAAAACCCGGGGUGGUCUCACUGAAACACUUAAAUUGUCCUUGUUGUGUCCACGGAAGUUAAUAGGGAAUAAUGUCAGAAAAUGAGGAAUAAUGCAAGUAAAUCACAAUGAUAUUCCGUGGCACACAAACAGAUUCCCGUUUCAAUCUGUGUGUGUGCUCCCGUUUCAAUCUGUGUGUGUGCCACAUGUGACCACAGCGGGGGCUUAACUCAAAAUCCGUGGUGGUCUGACGGAAUCACUUCAAUUGUCCGUGAUGUGGCCACGGAAUUUGCUCCAAUGCAAGUAAAUUACACUGUUAUUCCGUGGCUCACACACGGAUAUCGGCAUGUUUCCGUGAUGUGGCCACGGAUUUCGAGUUAAGCGUCCGACCGUAGUCAUUUCACGGAUUCCUGUGAGACCAGGUUGUGUUUUAAUUUGUAUUCUACUGUGAUUCCAUGCCUAAACUCUUGGUUGUGCAGAUUCAUGAAAUUCAAAUAGGACUUUGGAUAAACAUGGACCUCAUCCGUCUAUUUCUUCUCAUAAUUCCUCAAAAAUGUUCUAAGUGUAACGUGUAUAUAUCUUGAGUGACCUUAACGGUACAUCACAAGACAUUAUUAAGACGCUUCAAGGCUUAUUCAUCACUAUUUCUUGUCCAACCACUUGUACUAACCUGUUUGCAUCAGUGCAGGCCUUAUCAUCAGGCUUCUCAGGAAAGCUCUGCUGGGAAGCCAACUGUCACAUACUGUAUCCGGAAACCCACUGCAAACCCCUAGCACCCACCUGCUAAGUUAUUGUGGCGUGUUUUUGUGUCUGCGGUGCACUAUAUCAAACACUGGUCGUCUACUUCCUGAACAAUUCUACCUGCAUUCUGUCAGUCUUAUUUGGUAUUUAAGUUAUUAUUUCUGUUGUUAUUUUUGCCUUUCAGUUACAACGCAACAAUUGUGCUUUCAUUCUCUGAGCUUUCGGUCUGCAUGCCAACCAUAUUGUUUUUCAAAUAAAUAUAAAUUAAUUAAUAAAUAAAGGUCUCUGUGGUUGAUCCCAAGCAAGUCCAAAAUCCA